AUGAACGAUAGGAUUAGAAACAUUGCCCGUGAUGGACAUAAUUACAGAAGAUCGAGACUUGCUCGAGGAUUGGUCAGAAAAAAUAAUGGUGCAUUCCUCCGACCUGCAACCAAUAUGCUAAAGAUGAGGUAUGACUGCAAUUUGGAAACGUCUGCGAAAGAAGUCGCGGAUAAAUGUACUACAAGUGGAUCUACGCUUCCUCCUCAAGUGAAGGAAAACAUUCAUCGUAUUCAUAAGAGCAGUGCACGCUUCCGUACUGAUGCCAUGAAAGAGGCAAUUAAAUUCUGGUGGGGCCAGGUGAGGCGCGUUCAUGGCAUCGGAAUGAAGGCCAUCUUCAGAUCAUGGCACGAAUACAGCACCAUUAGAUACUUUACCCUGAUGGCAUGGGCGACAACGAAAUACAUUGGGUGCGCUGUAUCGCAGUCAUGUGGCAGCUACUGGUAUACUGUAUGCCACUACAGAAUCGGAGGAAAUGUUGUCAACGAACAUGUUUACAUGCCAGGGCGCACGUGUUCAUAUUGUCCGAUAGGCUACUACUGCGACCCAAGCAAUGGAUUGUGCACUAAAGCUUAG